UUUCGCGUUACAUCACAGGUGACGUUCGGCUCUCCUGGACCGUCAGGUUCGGUUCGUGCUCCCCGCGCUCGUGCUCGCGCAGCAGAAAGAUGGCGGCUGCUCUGCUGAGGACGGGACGCCUGAUCCGGAUCAGAUGUUUGCAGGCUCAGAGCUGCGUGGGUCUGGUCAGAACAUCGGCGUCCUUCAGCACCAAAUCUGGAGGUUCCAACAAGCCGACCAAGAAGAACCGGCCCGACAAAGCCAACACCAAAACUUACUUCGAUAUAGAAAAGCUCAUUCAGCACAAGACGGUUGACAACCCCAAGAAGGAAGUCUCUGCAGCGGCACAAGCUGUGGCCUCUGCUGUAGCACAGCCCCCGCCUUCUGCUGCCGCUGCACCCGAGCCACUGCAGGCCACACCCCCUCCCACAACCACAGAUGGACCUGCGGCAGCUGCUGAGGCUUCUCCGCCUGUUGUGGAGAGUAAAAUUUCCCCAAAGCCGUUGGAGGAAGCAGCACCUGUUGAAGCUGUGAAAGUGGCCCCAGAGCCAGUGUUGGAGCCAGCCGCGGUCGAAGCUGCUGCGGUUGAAGCUGCUGCAAUUGAAGCGGCACCUGUUGAAACAGCCCCGGAACUGGUUGUGGAAGUGGCCCCUGAGCCAGUGUUGAAAGUGACCCCUACUGAAGCGGCCCCGGAACCAGUGGUAGAAGCGGCACCAGAGCCGGUUGUAGAAGCCGCCCCCGUUCAAGCAGCCCCAGAGCUGGUUGUGUUAGCGGCCCCUGAGCCGGUUGUGGAAGCAGCCCCCGUUGAAGCGGUCCCUGAACCGGCUGUGGGAGCGGCCCCCGUUGAAGCGGCCCCUGAGCCGGUUGUGGAAGCAGCCCCAGGGCCGGUUGUGGAAGCAGCCCCCGUUGAAGCGGUCCCUGAACCGGCUGUGGGAGCGGCCCCCGUUGAAGCGGCCCCUGAACCCGUUGUGGAAGCUUCAGAGGCUGGAGUUUCCUCCCCAGAGCAGCUGGUGGAUCCUGUUCUGGUUGCAGGUGAAGCUGCAGAAGAGGAGCUGCAGGCGGAGCCUUCUGCUGCACCAGAGGAACCGGCUGAGGCUCAGCUGGACCCCAUCCAGAAGCUCUUCCUGGACUCCAUUCGACAGUAUUCCUCUGAGAGCCGGGCAUCCGGGGGGCUGCUGGACGCCGGCGAAGAUUACCAGAAGACUCUAGCAGAGGAGGUGGCCAAGCUGCAGAGGCUGUACGGAGGCGGAGACCUGGAGUCCUUCCCAGAGUUCUCCUUCCCAGAGCCUCGGCUGGACGAAGGCUCACAGAAGUGAAGGAGGACGAGGACAGAUUGAACUGUCUUCUGUUCUUUGAGGGAAUCGUCUGCCUGAAGCUCCAGGAGAAAAUUCUGGAAGUUCUGGACUCUGGUGGGGAGGGGUGUUCUGUGUUGGGUGGGGGGUUGUUGUCAUUGAAUAAAGAGAAUAAAGACCAGCUGGUGUCUACAUCUUUGCUAAAACUUCUUUUGUUUAUUGAUUUAUUUGACAGGGACAAUAUGCAGAAACAUUAAAGAUGCUUUACACCAGA